UAAACUAUCUCUCACAACUCCCUAUAUAUUCACAUAUACAUUUUAUAUGUGUGUGUAUAUUAUUAUAUACACCACUACAAACACAUACAUAAAGAGGCUCCCUCUUCCCCAAUAACAACUUUUAAAAAAAUGGUCUCGCCGGAAUCUCCUCCGGCAACCACCAAGCCAGCCGAGCAGAACUCCGGUCCCCAGAUAUCGUUCUCCGCAGAGAUCUUAGACGACCUAAACUUCAUCACCAUCAGCCCACACGACAAAGAAAAGGAGAAAACAAAAACCAGCGAGUUCGAGUUUUUGUCGACCACCUUAGCCACUCCAACAACAAUGUUGUCGGCCGACGAGCUGUUCUUCGAAGGAAAAAUGCUCCCAUUUGGACAAAAACAAUGUUCCAACAACCUUAAGAAAAUAAACUUAAAAUCCGAAGAAGUUCAAGAUGUUACAAAGAUAAGGGAAGUGAAGCCAGAAGAGAAUAAUAACAGAAUGAAUUGGUUUAUCGAUGAAGAUCCGUCGCCCAGACCGCCUAAGUGUACGGUUUUAUGGAAGGAGUUAUUGCGGUUGAAGAAACAUCGAGCUUCUUCGCUUUCAACAUCGAGUUCUACAUCUUCUUCAUCUUCAGCUUCUUCAAUUGAUGAAGAUGCAAACAAAAAAGAAAAGCAUGUGAAGAAGAAAAAGGGGCUGGAGAGGACCCGAUCGACCGGAAUAAAGAUCCGACCGAUGGUUAAUCUGCCGGUUUGUACUCAGGGAGUACGGAGCAUCUCUAUGCCGCCUCCGUAUUCCAGUAGGAAAGGAAUGCUAGACAGGUAAAUUAGGGUUGUGCUAAACAUAUCUUUUUAUAUGGUUUUUACUAAACGGACCCCUCUUUACAUACUAAAUCAAUCAUAUAAUCUCUCUAUGCUUUUUCUUACAAGGGAUAUGUGUUAAGCAUGUAUGGGGUAUGUUUAGCCUUAUGAGUAACCUUUUAGGUAGUGUAUUGUCUCCAUUUAUUGAAUGUUGUGAUUUAACUAAGUGUUAUUAACUUAAAUUAAUGUGUAGUGAGUCAUAUGUUUAAAUAAAGUUGGAUUUAAGUUUAACUUUCAAUAAA